GCCAUUGCCGGACAGCAGAAGGCCAGCCCAGCGCCUCCGCGUCAUCUCUCUCUCUCUCUCUCAAGUGGGUCACACGGAGAUGUGCUCACGCGCAGAGCACAGACAUUCCCGCUCUCUAGAAAGAUCGUACAGAGACCCAAAACAAGAACAAGAAGAAGGCAUGGGCUUUUGCUCCUCCCCAGCUUCAAGAUCCGUCUCCAUGUUGUCCAACACGAGCGUCUUGCUCGUGUUGUUGCUCUCUUGCACCUUCUUCGCUUCCACAGAAUCUUAUGAUCCUCUCGACCCAAAUGGCAAUAUCACGAUCAGAUGGGAUGUUAUGAGCUGGACUCCUGAUGGCUAUGUCGCUGUUGUAACGAUCUUCAACUUCCAGCAGUAUCGUCACAUCCAAGCUCCUGGAUGGUCUCUGGGAUGGACAUGGGCGAAGAAGGAGGUAAUUUGGACCAUGUUGGGUGGCCAAGCGACAGAGCAGGGGGAUUGUUCCAGAUACAAAGGGAAUGUUCCCCAUUGUUGCAAAAAGAAUCCUACAGUAGUAGAUUUGUUGCCGGGAACGCCGUACAAUCAACAAAUUGCCAACUGCUGCAAAGGAGGAGUGCUUAGCUCAUGGCUUCAAGAUCCUGCAAAUGCAGCGAGUGCGUUUCAGCUGAGUGUGGGGGCUUCUGGAACCACCAACAAAACAGUCAGAUUGCCGAAGAACUUCACUCUUAAAGCACCAGGGCCUGGUUAUACUUGUGGGCCUGCUAAAAUAGUUAAACCCACCAAAUUUCCUACUGCAGACAAAAGGAGAUUUACGCAAGCACAAAUGACAUGGAAUGUUACAUGUGCAUAUUCACAAUUCCUAGCCCAAAAAACUCCCACUUGCUGUGUCUCACUCUCAUCAUUUUACAAUGACACUGUGGUGUCCUGCCCAACAUGUGCUUGUGGCUGCCAGAACAACGCCACUCAGCCUGGGAGCUGUGUGGAGCCAAACUCACCAUAUUUAGCUUCAGUUGUUUCGAAUGCUGGAACAAACAGUCCUCUCGUUCAAUGUACGAGUCAUAUGUGCCCAAUCAGAGUGCACUGGCAUGUUAAACUCAAUUACAAGGAGUACUGGAGGGUUAAAAUCACAAUUACGAAUUUCAACUACAAUAUGAACUACAGUCAGUGGAACUUAGUCGUUCAGCAUCCAAACUUUGACAAUCUGACGCAGAGUUUCAGCUUUAACUACAAGCCAUUAACACCAUAUGCAGCAAUAAAUGAUACUGCCAUGUUAUAUGGAAUCAAGUUCUAUAAUGAUCUGCUUAUGCAAGAUGGCCCUUCUGGCAAUGUUCAGUCAGAACUUCUAUUUAGAAAGGAUGCAUCGACUUUUACCUUUGAUAAGGGCUGGGCUUUCCCGAGAAGGAUCUAUUUCAAUGGGGAUAACUGUGUGAUGCCUCCUCCGGAUGCCUAUCCGUCACUGCCAAAUGCAAGUAUUCGAUGGGGUGUCUCAAGAUUUAGCAUAGCAGUGAUCUUGUUGGUGCUAUUACUUCACUUGGGGCUUUUUUAAGGGAAUAAUUGAGUGGCAAUAUUCUUACUCUGUUGAUUCAAUUUUUGACCUCACAAGAUUGAUGACGGAGUCCAUGCUUGGAUGAUGAUACUUGUUCCAGGGGGUGAUUCCGUCAAGUGAUCAGAUUGCCUUAAGGUGCAUUGUCACCUUCACAGAGACCACAUUGUUUCUUUUUUACGUUUUUGUACCAAACUGAUGGGUCCAACACUUCUUUUGUACUUCACCUUAUAUUUGUAAAAUAGUCGUUCGGUCAUGUUGUUGUUACCUACUAUUGACAGCAAUGUAAAUUGAAAAUGCAUUACAUUUUUUGUUUCCUGUA